CAUCACUUCCCUUCUCUUCAUUUACAGCUUCCUGAACCUGACCUCGGAACGGGAUGCCCAUGGCGACCAUCCGCGCACGCUCCCCGGCCACCAUCUCGCCCGCUAAGAAGCCAAAAAUUGACUCUACUGUCCUCGAACAGCAGCAGCGGGCUAAAAGCGAUGAGGCCACUGAGAGACAUCAGGACCAUAUCUCGCUUUUUACGCCCAACCUUUUCGACCCGUCGAACAUACACCGGUUGAACAAUUACUAUCACGCGUCUGAGCCCUAUAAGUAUGCGCUCGUCGAGAAACUCUUUCAGGACGAUCUCCUGAAGAACGUGGUCGACGAGUGUCUGAGCGAGUUGCAUUUCACGGAGAGGGAGACGGAUAUCUAUAAGGUCAACCAAACGGGCGACCUGGCCUCGUUGAACUACCUCUCGCAAGAUCAAAUCGCACUCCUGCCAAACCUCCUCAAGCUUCGCGAUGCUCUGUACUCUCCUACUUUCCGUACCUUCAUGCGCACCGUCACUGGCUGUGGACCGCUCUCGGGCGUCAAACAGGAUAUGUCGAUCAAUACGUACAAGAAAGGCUGUCAUCUUCUCAACCACGACGACGUCAUCGGCACUCGCCGUGUAUCCUACAUUCUCUAUAUGCCUCUCCCGCACUACCAGCUGUGGCAGAAGGAGUGGGGAGGCGCGCUCGAGCUUUAUCCCGUCAAGAUGAGUGAGGAGGGCGUCUUGGAGCCCGAGCCUGUGCCGACGAAGUCCAUUCCGCCGAGCUGGAACCAGUUUAUAUUUUUCGAAGUGCAGCCGGGCAAGAGUUUCCAUUCGGUGGAGGAGGUCGUUGUCGGUGAAGGCGAGGAUGGCAGACAGAGGCUUUCGAUCUCGGGUUGGUUCCAUGCGGCACAGGAAGAUGAGGAUGGAUAUAGUCCGGAACCGGAACCGGAAGUAAAGAGUUCACGAGAUCAACUUGCCUCUACCUCCACCUCUUUCCAAUCGUAUACGGAAGAGCCCCCAUUGCCGGACGCCGCCCUCUCCGCCGACGAUAUCUCCUUCCUCUCCGAAUUCCUGAACCCCGUCUAUCUCCAACCCCGCACCAUGAAAGCCCUCUCCGCCCGCUUCGUCCAAGAAUCCUCUCUCGAACUGCACGACUUCCUCUCCGUCCCCAUCGCCUCCACCCUCUCCCCCGGUCUCCGCUCCCUAGACGCCCAACAAGGUCUCGGCCCCAACCGUCCUUAUCCCAUUCCUCCCCACACAGCCGGUACCGGCCAAGGCUCCGGCUGGACGCUCAAAGGCCCACCACACAAAUGGCGCUACUGCGUGCUCGAGAGCCCGCGAACGGAGGGUCCGGUCGAGGCGGCACUGCCGUUAGCGGUGCAGACACCGGAGAAGAUCGUGAGGUCGUUGCAGGAUCAGUUGUUUGGCUCGGAGGCGUUCAGGAGGUGGCUUGCGGUCGUGAGUAGGUUGAGCCCGAUGAGGUAUGCGGUUGAGGCGAGGAGGUUUUGUCCGGGGUUGGGAUAUACGUUGGCGACGAGCGAAGAGAAUGAGGCGAGGUUGGAUGUUGUGCUUGGGUUGACGCCGCAGGUUGAGGAGCAGGAGAGUGAUGCGGAGAAGAAGAAGAAGAAUCAGAACGGGAAGAGGAGGAUAGAGGAGGAGGAGCCGACGAGGGGGUGGCAGAUGGGGGAGUGGGGUGGCUGGGAGUGUUAUAUGGCUCCUCAUGACGAGGAGGACGACCCGGCUGUUUACAGGUCGGGCCCGAGCCGUAAGGCGGCCAAGGCCGAACCUUCAUCGCAAAAAACGAACGGUGCGAACGGCAGUGGCGCCAGCAACAGCAGCGGCGCCGAACACGGCGAAGAGAACGGAAUGCAUGAUUCAGAUGAAGACGCUGAAGGUGAGAGCGAUGACGAAGUUCAGGCCGAUGAAGAGGAAGAGGAGGAGGACGGGACUUUACUUACCGUGCAGCCUGGAUUUAACCGUUUGCUGCUCGUGUUGAGGGACGAGAGGGUGAUGCGCUUCGUUAAGUAUGUCAGUGCGGCCGCGGAGGGCUCGCGCUGGGAUGUGUGCGGCGAGUAUGAGGUUGGCAUGGUCGAGGAGGACGAUGAAGAUGAUAAUUAAGAUGCCGAUUAUUUCGAGUAUCUAUCCCUGCGUUAUGAUAACAUUCUUGUAGCUCUUGCUGUCUACUAUAUUCUUGUUGCUUCGGCCGCAUGCUUCGGGUGUUUGUGAGAGUAGAUAUAAUUGGUAAUAGAAAAUCAAAAUACAGCAUGAUCACGAUUUACACCAUGAACAUUACAGCCCAAAGAACGGCACAACAUCGGUCAACCCCCUCAAAGCAUCCAACAGCUCCUCGUCCUCAGCCGACAUAACCUUCAAAUCCUUCUUCCCGACAAAUGGCAACUCAUCAGGCUCACACACCGUGCCUUCCUCCGGAAGCGUCCCAUUCACGAAAUACGCCCUCACGGCCUUGGCCGUACAAAUCGAAGGAGCCGCCAACGAACAAUGCCCAUGCGAGUGCUGCUCCAACAACCCAGCACCAACGUACCGCUCCUUCACCCUCAACGCAUCGCUGAGCGGACAGACGGGAUCGUACGUCGGGUUGAUGAUGAGGAUCGGGUUGGACGUGUUCGCAGCGAGAGGGUCCGUAUAGCGCCAUUUCGACUUGAUCUUCCAUUCUAAGCACUGGAGCUUAUGGACCGCCCAGAUUGGCGCUGCAAAAGGUGACUUGGAGGUGAGGUUGCGGUAGUGAAUCUCCAUGUCGCCUGGGUUUUCGGAUUGUGGACCGGCGUCGCCACAUGCGAUCGCGUAGAAGGCUUCGGUCUCCGCUUCCCAAGGUUCGGUCCCGGGACUGCACUCGCACUCGUAGGAAACGGUGCCGUUGACGAUGGCCUCGAGCGCGGUUGCGUUGUGCGUCUCGAUGGCGUGGAGUUCGUUUGCGAGGGGUGCGAACAUGGUGAGAGGUUUGUAGAGAGCGCGGAAGAAUCGGUGGUGCAUGACGUCUUUCGUGAUGAGUGCUGGGCCGGAGGGAGCGAAUGGGACGGGGACGGGGGCGUCCAUGAGAGAGACGAAGAUAUUGUCGAUGCGAGCUUUGACUUCCUUGACGCUGGGUUCGUAGAGCGGGCAUUUGGUAGGGCCGGCUAGGUAGCAGUACUCGUAGAAGGAUUUCACGACGGUAUCUGUGUCGUCCAUAUUGGUGGCCCAGGUGCCUUUAGCGUACUCCUCGCCGUCGUAAACACCGUCGAUGAUCACCCGGCCGACUUUGUCAGGAUACAUGGCGGAGAAGUAUUGUCCCAGGACUGUACCGUAGCUAAAACCCCAAUAAAGCAUCUUAUCCUGACCCAACUUUUCCAUAAUUUUGACCAUAUCCGUCGCAACGUACGGUGUGUUCAUGAAUCGUCCUGGACCCCAUUCCGUCGCUGUGCCACCCAACUCCUCCUUUCCGUUCCCGCCCAGACUACGCUUACAGACCUCACCCACGACGGUCUCACGACUGCGAGCCAGGCCAAGGGAGUUGACAGUAGGCUCCAUGAGCGUAAAAAGCGACUGCAGCGACCAUUGCUUGUACUGCGUCUCCGAUUCGAAACACUGCGCCGAAGGCGUUGUGGCGCCCGUCCCUCGAGGAUCGAAACCGAGAAGGUCAAACUCUGGACCAACAAUCUUCGCGAUAUCGUCACCCGCGCGUUUGAGCAGGCUUGUUCCGGAACCACCGGGACCUCCUGGGUUUAGAAAGAUGGUGCCUUUGUGGUUAGCGGUGUCAUUUCCCGGUAGGAGAAGGAGGGCGAUCUCUGUCCUUGGGCCUUCGGGAGUGGUAUAGUCGAGGGGGAGGCUGAUGCGUGCACAUUUGUACUUCCCGAGACAGUCGGUCCAGGUGAUAUUCUCCGAGGGUUUGAGCUUGUACCAGUCAAAACCCUCGCUUGACAAGGGUGAGGACUGACUCGGGAUGAACGAGUCCUCCUCAGAGUUAUGAUAAGGUCUCCAGAAUGCCAGAUACAGCGUAAGCGUGACAACGAAUACUAGCCAGCCUGAGCGACGUCCUGAGCGAGUUGGAUGUGGCUGCUCCCCCAAAACAGGGUGUGCCUUCUUGUCCUCGAAGGGGUUCGACAUGACGAAGGAGUGCUGGGAGGAAGUCACAGGGGAGCUUGAUGGAUACUAAUUGCUGCCGGUACGCUGGCCCAGUUUUUACGUGGUCAGCUUGCUGCAGGGAGGAAACACUGACUCUCCCCACCAGAGCGGGAGAUUUUGUAACUUUUUCGAGAUGCUUUGUAGGAAAGCUUUUCGAGGUUUCAAUAGAUGCACUGGUCCGGCUGCGACUUUGCGACUUGGUCGAUUUCUAGUACUGCUCGACCGGUCGAUAAUGAACGGAGAACGAUUGAACCGCCAACCAGCCGGACUUCCACUGGUC